AUGGAGGACGGCAAACCCGUGUGGGCGCCGCACCCGGCCGACGGCUUCCAGCUGGGCACCAUCGUGGACAUCGGCGCCGACAGCCUCACCGUCCGGCCUCUCCAGCGGGACGCCAAGACGUUCGUGGCCGCCGUCAGUCAAGUGUUUCCCGCCGAGGACGACGUGGACAAACACGUGGAGGACAACUGUUCGCUGAUGUACCUCAACGAAGCCACGCUGCUCAACAACGUACGCGUCAGAUACAGCAAAGACAAAAUCUACACAUUCGUGGCCAACAUCCUCAUCGCCGUCAACCCGUACUACGACAUCCCUAAACUUUACUCGCCUCAGACCAUCGAGCAAUACCGCGGCCGCUCGCUGGGGACGCUCCCGCCGCACGUCUACGCUAUCGCCGACAAGGCUUACAGGGACAUGAAGGUUCUGAAGAUGAGUCAGUCCAUCAUCGUCUCUGGCGAAUCCGGCGCCGGAAAGACGGAGAACACCAAGUUUGUGCUCAGGUACCUGACUUCGUCGUACGGGACGGGUCAGGACAUCGACGAGAGGAUCGUGGAAGCUAACCCCUUAUUGGAGGCCUUCGGAAACGCCAAGACCGUCCGCAACAACAACAGCAGUCGCUUUGGCAAGUUUGUGGAAAUACACUUCAAUGAAAAGAACGCGGUGGUGGGGGGCUUCGUGUCGCACUACCUCCUGGAGAAGUCUCGCAUCUGCCGUCAGAGCCGCGAGGAGAGGAACUACCACAUUUUCUACCGUCUCUGCGCCGGCGCACCCGACGACAUCCGACUCAAGUUCCACCUCGGCUCUCCGGACACGUUCCGGUACCUGAACAGAGGAUGCACUCGCUUCUUUGCGUCUAAGGAGACGGACAAGCAGAUCUUGGAAAACCGCAAGAGCUCAGAGCACGUGAAGGCGGGCCCGCUGAAGGACCCGCUGCUAGACGACCACGCCGACUUCCAGCGCAUGCUGGUGGCCAUGAAGAAGAUCGGCCUGGACGACACGGAGAAGCUGGACUUGUUCCGCGUGGUCGCCGGCGUCAUGCACCUGGGCAACGUGGACUUCGAGGAGGCGGGAAGCACCUCAGGCGGCUGCAGCAUCAAGAAGCAGUCCAGUCAAACCCUGCAAAACUGUGCCGAGCUUUUGGGUCUGGACCAGCUAGACCUGCAAGGAAGCCUCACAUCCAGGGUCAUGCUCACCACAGCGGGGGGGACCAAAGGAACAAUUAUCAAGGUUCCUCUGAAAGUGGAGCAGGCCAACAACGCUCGUGACGCAUUGGCUAAGGCCGUUUACAGCCGUCUCUUCGACCACGUGGUCACCAGAGUCAACCAGUGCUUCCCUUUCCAGUCGUCCGCUAACUUCAUCGGCGUCCUGGACAUCGCCGGCUUCGAAUACUUUGAACACAACAGCUUCGAGCAGUUCUGCAUCAACUACUGCAAUGAGAAGCUGCAGCAGUUCUUCAACGAGCGCAUCCUCAAAGAGGAACAAGAACUGUACCAGAGGGAGGGGCUGGGUGUCAACGAGGUUCACUACGUGGACAACCAGGACUGCAUCGACCUGGUGGAGGCCAAGGUGCUAGGAAUCCUGGACAUCCUGGACGAGGAAAACAGACUACCUCAACCCAGCGACCAGCACUUUACGGACACGGUCCACAACAAACACAAGAACCACUUCCGCUUGACUAUACCGAGAAAGUCCAAGCUGGCUGUCCACAGAAAUGUGAGGGACGACGAAGGUUUCAUCAUCAGGCAUUUUGCGGGAGCCGUUUGCUACGAGACGAACAAGUUCGUGGAGAAGAACAACGACGCCCUGCACACGUCGCUAGAAUGCCUGCUCAGCGAGUCCAGCGAUCGAUUCAUCCGAGAACUCUUCGACAACGCCAACAAUGCCAAUGAUGGCAAGCAGAGGGCCGGAAAGUUGGGAUUCAUCAGCGUGGGAAACAAGUUUAAGACUCAGCUGAAUAUUCUACUGGAAAAACUGCGCAGUACGGGUUCCAGUUUUAUCCGCUGUAUCAAACCCAACUUGAAGAUGGUCAGCCACCAAUUUGAAGGGGCGCAGAUCCUGUCGCAGCUCCAGUGCUCAGGUAUGGUGUCGGUGCUGGACCUGAUGCAAGGCGGCUUCCCCUCCAGGGCUCCUUUCCACGAACUCUACAACAUGUACAAGAAGUACAUGCCGCCCAAGCUGGCACGGCUGGACCCACGCCUCUUCUGCAAGGCCUUGUUCAAGGCUUUGGGCCUGAAUGAGAAAGACUACAAGUUCGGACUGACUCGAGUGUUCUUCCGACCCGGGAAGUUUGCCGAGUUUGACCAGAUCAUGAAGUCGGACCCAGAGCACCUGGCGGAACUGGUGCAACGCGUCAACACGUGGAUCAUUCACAGCCGCUGGAAGAAGGUCCAGUGGUGCGCGCUGUCCGUCAUCAAGUUGAAGAACAAGCUGCUGUACCGGCGCGCCGCGUGCGUGGUCAUGCAGAAGACUGUGCGCAUGUGGCUAUGCAAGAGGAAGCACAAACCUCGAAUCGACGGCCUGGUGAAGGUGCGGCAGCUGAAGAAGAGAACGGAGCUCUUCAACGAAGUGGUGGCGGGACUCAAGGAAGGCAAGGAGGAGAUGAGCGCCCAGGUUGAACAGCUGGACGCCGCCAUUCACGCUUUGGAAGUCAAAAUCAAGGGCACAACCAUGCGGCGCCUGGAGAUCGAGGGCGAAUACGGCGCGCUGGUGGUGCGCUCGGAGCGGCUGCUGACCGACAUGCAGAACAAGAAGAAGGAGGAGGAGGAGCGCGAGCGUCUCCGUCGCAUCCAGGAGGAGAUGGAGAAGGAAAAGCAGAGGAGGGAGGAGGAAGAGCGCCGCCGCCGACAGGAGGAAGAAGAGAGACGCGUGAAAGCCGAGAUGGAGAUCAAGAGGAAGCAGGAAGAGGAGGAGAGGAAGAGAAGAGAGGAGGAGGAAAUGAAGCUGCAGGCGGAGAUGGAACGUCAGCUGGCGGCAGAACGCGAGGAGGAACUUUCCCGUCAGGCGGUGUUGGAGCAGGAGCGUCGCGACCGCGAAUUGGCGCUGAGGAUCGCGCAGAGCGAAGCGGAACUGGUCACCGACGAAUCGCAGAGCGACGCCGCCCUCCGCAGCGCCGAGUCGUCGCUUCCGUCGUCGCCCGAGCGAGCAGCCACUACUGCCGCCUCCAAAGGCUCCAGUUUAAGCAUGGAGGAGAUGGCCAAGGAAAUGAGCGAGCUUUUGGCGAGAGGUCCUCAAGUGCAGGCCGGCAAAGCCGCCGCCGCCACCGCCAGCAGCAAAUACCAGCUCAGCAAGUGGAAGUACGCCGAACUCCGAGAUGCCAUCAACACCUCCUGCGACAUCGAGCUGCUGGCGGCGUGCCGUGAGGAGUUCCACCGCCGGCUGAAGGUUUACCACGCCUGGAAGUCCAAGAACAAAAAAAGGAACGCCGACAUGGAGCAGAGGGCACCCAAGUCGGUCACCGACUACGCCCAACAGAAGACUGUGCCGACAGUGCCGGCGCGCCAUUACGAGGUGUCUCUGAACCGGCAGCAGCGCUUCUUCCGCAUUCCGUUUAUCCGUCCGGGCGAGCAGUACAAGGAACCGGCGGCGGCGGUGGCAGCGGCCAAGAAGAAAGGCUGGUGGUACGCCCACUUCGACGGGCCCUGGAUCGCCCGGCAGAUGGAGCUGCACCCCGACAAACACCCCGUCCUCCUGGUGGCCGGCAAAGACGACAUGGAGAUGUGUGAGCUGAGUCUGGACGAGACGGGCCUCUCGCGCAAGAGGGGGGCAGAGAUCCUACCCCGCCAGUUCGAGGAGAUAUGGGAGCGCUGCGGCGGCGUCCACUACCUGCGCAGCGCCAUCCAGAACCGGCAGGCGCGGCCUACCUACGCCACCGCCAUGCUGCAGGCUGCCUUCAAGUGA